UCCGUCCUGUCCUCUGCUCGUCUCCUGCUUCUGCUCCUCGACCUCUACCUCCUCCUCCAGGUACGAGCGGUUCUGCCGGUCAACUUUCUCCAAUUGUGUCCGAUCCUUGAAGGCGAGGCCAGCGAAGGCGGACGGAGGGGGAAAGAAAGAGUUGAGGAGUGUCAGUCGUCGUUGGAGUGGCAUGCGUGAGCAGAAGGAGCACAAGCAAAAAAAGUGGUGAUCCGAGGAGCAUGUUCCGGUGGAAAACUAUGUACUUGGUGAGAGCAGGAGACCGAUGGGUUGAUCGAAUGAUUGCAUGCUUGUUGCACAUUGCGUGAAGGAGGGAUGGAGCGACACGGAAAGGGUGUGUUCAGGAGACGGUGAUGCGUGCAUUGAGAAGGGCUUGAAUAUGUUUGGUAUGCUCGAAGCAGAUGAAUCACGAGGAAAGGGAAAAGGAAAAGGAGGAGGUCAGGGUAGCUGAGGGCUGAUAGCCUACAGUAAUCGGGGCUGCAAUUGCUGAAGCGGAAAUUGCGUCCACAUUAUUUUCCGUGAUGGUGAGGGAAUUUGAGCGACUGAUGAAGGAGAUAUGCGCGAUGAGCAGUGACUUUUCAAUCGCGUGAAGUCGCCUUUCAGGCUUCAGUGUUGUGGUUUUUUCGAGUUUUUAUUUUUGUGGGUGUUCAGUAGUUUCCCCUUCUCUCGUGCCAUCUUGUAAUUUUCCUUUCCGUCCACAUUUGUAUCUGUUAGCAUGUAUGGGCUCCCGAAUCAUUCCCCCUGACAUCGCAGCUUCUUUUAACCUCCACCCCUAUAUUCUGCGAUCUCUCCAGUGCAAGGAGUGAAGCUCAGGAGGCUCCUAAAGCUGGUGCAUUUCCUCCUCACAUGACUCUUAGCUUUGAUAAGGCACAAUGAAUUUUCCAUUUUUGAGAAAUUCUGCCCAAGUCAAUCCAGUUACAGCGGAUGCAUCAUCUGGGCCGGAUGCCGAGAGAGAUUACAGGAUAGAGCAUUCGCAAUCCUUUCUCAGUACGCAGUAUCCAUCAGGAGGGGACAUGGGAGGAGGUGAUGAAAAUAAAGGAGCUGGAGAGUUUGGGAGUAUUUGGACCAGGAUGGCAAUCGAGGAUCAUUCUGAUUUUCCUCCGGAGGAAGGCUCCAUUCUAGUGCCAUUCAGGGAUCUUCCUGAAAAUUGGGCUUCAGCUCCGGACAUGGCAUCGCUCAGCUUCUUAGACCGUGACUUCAUUUUUCCUGGUGAGCAGUUCCACAUUUUGGUACAUGUUACCACUCAAGAUAGCCCGGGUACAGAAAGAUUAACUCCUUUCAAAGUAGCUGCCGCUAUGAACAAGGUAGCAGCCUUGAAAGCCAAACAAGGUCCCACUGAAACAUCUAUAUCGACUGGUGAAAACAGUACCGCCGAUGCCUCAGAAGGUGUCGAGAAGGAUAAUGUAGAUGGCGUCAACGAUGCGGAGGGUGAGACCGAAUCAGAAACAAAAGUGGAUAGUCCAAAAGUACCACGGACCAAGACUGAAGAUACCAAAAUCGAUGAUAAUUCUGAGACCGAAGGAGGUUUGAAACGAAAGAGUCUGAUGUUGCUGGAGAGCUUUCGAAAAUCGCAUUUCUACGUUCGCAUCAUGAGCGGCCAGGAUGAGCUACCGUUGGGAAAAAAGAAGACGGUUCCUGAAGGCAGUCUUUCUGUUUCGAUCAGCACGAAAGGUGUUGAAGAGCAGAACAAGAGGGGAACUUCGGGCGGAACUCCAGUCGUAAUGGAACGAGGAAAAUUUAAUCCUCAUACGGCUGGUGGUGUAGCUAGAAAUGCAGUUACUUGCACCCCACUUGCAAAUGGAGAUAUUGUGGUGUUGCUCCAAAUCUCUAUGGUGGCCGAUUUCAUCUCCGAUGAUACCUUUCUAGAAGUACUUCAGUUUGAAAAGUAUGAACCGCCUGCGUUCACAACAACCGAAUAUGGGCAUCCUCCGUUUAGGAGAGGUGGAUGGGAUCCAACUCAGGGCUUGCUACAGUGGCUCCUACCUUUAGAUCGGCCUUCUUCUCCACCGCCUCCUGCUAUUGUAAACUCCAUACAAAAUUCUCCUACUAAGCUGGCCAUGAGUGGUGGAGGCAACUCUACGAUUUUCUCUUUUAGUCACCUGAGAUCAUCCUCAUCUGGUCAAAUGGCCCCACCUGUAACAACACCAAUCCUGCCUGUUUCCAUGCCAACAUACACUCCACCAACAUACGGAGCAAAAGAAUGGGAUUCAGCCUUUCAAGACAGGAGCACAAAAACAGAAGUUGGCAGUGAAGGUCUUCUGUCUUUCAGGGGAGCUGUUCUUGAACCCCAGCGGUUUUCAGCACAUUGCGGUCUAGAAGGUCCUCAUGUCCCUGGGAAAAAAUGGAGGAGAAAGCUAUCCAUCCUGCAGCCAAUCAAACUCGACUCUUACUUUGCACACUGCAAUACCCAGGACUUAAUCUGUGUUCUUGUGGAGAAUGUCCUACCAGCAACAGGGAAAACAGCGGAUGUUGUAAUCUACGUGGAUUCUGUUAAUAUUGUUUGUCAAUCAGCGGCUCCAGGAAGUCCACCUCUACCAGUCCCCAUUGCUUGUGUGGAAGUCGGAAACGAUCAACAGUUACCCGGUCUCGCACUAAGAGUCGGCGAACAACAUUCGUUUAUUUUGAGACCAACAAGUCCUGCAUGGAAGCCAUCCACUCCUUACGGGGGCAAGUACAACUCAUCUGAUUCUAAUGCUGGACAUGAGAUGCAACUAUCAAAUGGAUCAUCUUUUGGGAGAAAUAAAACUCAGAAGGAUUUACCAUCAUCGUUGCCUGAAGGUGGACAAUAUGCAGUUAUUGUAUCCUGUCACUGUAGCCACACUGAAUCUCGGUUACAUUACAAACAUUCACUUCAGUGGAGACCACGACCACCAAGAGAUUUGUUGUUAUCCGUUUCUUUGGGAAGUUCAACAUCGGAAAUAUCUACAAAUGACAACCAGCCAUUAUUCAAACCACAGGUCGUGACAGUGCAGGCUACAAAUCUUACUUCUCAAGAUAUGAAUCUUACACUUCUUGCUCCAAGCUCUUUGGCGAACUCGCCAUUGUCGAUGGUGUCAUUUCCUGCUCCAAUGAUAGACUCUCCUAUAGCCUCAAAUUUCAACAAGCAAAAGUCUUUCAUGGUGCUGGGUAAUAAUGAUGAGAAAGAGAAAGAAAACACAUCACCAGAGAGCCCAGACCUAAGUAUGGACCUACCUCCGGUGCGACGAAUGGAGAGUGUAAUCGGAAUGAAUCCCACUCUGUUGUUCAGAGAGCGCAUCGUUUCUGCAGCAGAUAUUGUGGCUGACAACAGUCCUGCUCGUACACAUCUAUGGUUACAAAGCACAGUUCCACUGGGAUGUGUACCAGCCCAUUCCACAACUGCUGUAAAGUGUGACAUACUCCCUCUAACGGAUGGAAUCAUUACUCUGGACACUCUUCACAUAUCUACGAAUGAUCACGAUGCCCUUUAUAUUCCUGAAAGUCCCCUGCAGAUCUAUGCAACGUCAAGUAUUGCAACCGGAGUUGCGUAGGUGUCUUUCAUCACCUGUUCAACCACAGCACGGUAUGGACGUUGUGAAAUGAAAAUUUUCAGUAUUAGGAUCCUACCUUCUUUUCUUUUUGUAUGGAAUAUGUGUAUCUCUCAUAUUGAGCCGCUAGAAUUAUUGUCACUUUUUCCAAUCAAAAAGAGUAAAGAGUUCAAAGUAAUCUCACAUGCGUCUGGAUACUUAAUUUGAUAUGGAAUAAAUGAAUGGACUAGCAAAUGACAGUACUGUACUGUAGUCGUGCAUUCUAAGUGGAAGAGGGCCGAUUGAUAGCAGAUAGAGUGAGCUAAUUCCUGACAAAUGGAAUGACUAUAAUAUUCCCUUCUAGGAGUCUUAUCUACUACUAUUUGAGAAUCUUCUGGGUCCAAACUUUUACAACUUUCUGGAGCACCGCUCAAAGUCAUAGUUGUUGUAUAACCAGCGCAUAUUUGGGAGAUCUGUUGAUCAUUUGUUCGCAUCAACCGGCAGAGUAUACAGUUUAUCAUACAUACAUAUG